AUGCAGAACCAAACCGAAGUGACCGAGUUCAUCCUCUUAGGAUUCUCCAGUGAUCCAAGGCUCCAGCUUGUACUCUUUGUAGCAUUCUUGUUGAUUUAUUUGAUAACCCUCUUUGGCAAUCUGGCCAUCAUUUCAGCUAUAAGAGCUGAUCCUCACCUUCAUACUCCUAUGUAUGUCUUCCUUUCUCAUUUAGCAUUCCUUGAUAUUGCUUUUUCCUCUGUCACAGUUCCUAACAUGCUAGAUGACUUCCUUACAGAGAGGAAGAAUAUCUCAGUGCAUUGUUGUUUUACCCAGGUCUUCUUUGUCAUGUGCCUCUCAGUAGGAGAGGGCCUUCUCCUUUCUGUGAUGGCAUAUGACCGGUACACAGCCAUCUGCCAGCCCUUGCAUUAUAUGGUGAUUAUGAGCAAACAGGUCUGUGCUUCUCUGGUGUUCAGUGCAUUGUUCACCGGCUUUCUCUACGCAUUGCUAGAUACUCUUCUGCUAACAACUUUACAUUUCUGUGGGCCCAACGUAAUUCAUCACUUCAGUUGUGAGGCCCCACAAUUGUUCAAACUUUCCUGCAGCAAUACAUUUGCAAACCAAAUGGUGAUUUUCACCCUUGGCUCACUGCUAGGGAUGGGGGCUCUACUCAUUACAUUGGCUUCCUAUGUCCACAUCAUCUCUGCUGUCUUAAGGAUCCAGUCCACGGAAGGGAAGCACAAAGCCUUUUCCACAUACACAUCUCAUGUGACCGUUGUUGUGCUCUAUUAUGGAACUAUUUUCUUUAGGUACCUGAAGCCCAGCUCAAAGGACUCUCAGGAUCAGGAAAUGGCACCAUCUGUUGUUUAUUUUAUUGUGACACCCAUGUUAAACCCCAUCAUCUACAGUCUCUGCAACCAAGAAGUGAAGAGGGCAGUUCGUAAUAUGGUGUGCAGGAAAAUCAAAAAUGAAAGUAUGUAA